AAGUGGUUCCGAAACAGUUUUUCCUACCGUGGUAGUUGGGACAAAAGGUGAUUUUUGAAUCGUUUUAGUGAGUCAUUGGUGAAUCCGUGCAGUGCAAGCAGUGUGAACCAGACAAGAAGGACUAAGCAAAGUAGCCGAUUGGCAGACAACAAACAAAAAAAAGGCAAGCUGUUAACAAUGCCACUCGACACCUUCUGAUUCAGCCCGCAACAACAGCCCACCAUUCAACGUGCGAAUUAGCGAGUUCCACCUGGUGACCACAGCACACGAGAGUCAGUUCCAAAGAACCAUGACCCCUCCUGCGGUGCUCCUCUGCCUGCAGCUGGUCAUCGUGACCACGGGCAGCAGUUGGGCUUUGCCGGCCACAGCCACCGCCACUGGAACCAAGGUUGACCACUCCCGUCUGGAAGCUCUUUUUCCUGGAGGAAGCUCCCACUCAAACUCCCCCUCCGCCAAGGCAAGUCCUGCUGCUGGCGUCGUUUCGAGAUCAAAGCGCCAACCGUGGAUGCCCACACUAAUUGAUUCCGACGAUGACAGCUUCGCAUACCGGCAGCACCACCAACCUCCGGCACUGCACCACCAUCAACAUUCCGGCCUGUACCAGCAGCAGCAGCAUCGGUUCCACCAGCCACCGCCGGAGGACUUUGGCGCUGAAGACUACGAUCAGGACCAGGUCCAUUCAUCGGAGAUGGACAGCAACGGCGACGAUAACGAAAUCGGGGACAAUCCAUUCUACUCCGCUGCCGCUGCCGCCGCAACCGGUCCGGAAUCCCCCGGGUCCUCCCCUGGCAACCCCGUCGCUGGCCACGCCCCCGGAACCCCCGUCGAAAGUUUCGAUUUGAUCCGCGAGCAGCUGGAACGCGUCAAGGAGGAGGAGGACAUCGAAAUCAAGUCGGAACUGUUGAUGAAACUGCUGGAACAACUGCCCGAGGGACCGCUGCCCAUCGUGUACAUCGAGGAUGCCGGCGGCAGUGAAACGGCACCGGCCGAAAGCACUGGCGGAGAGCCCAGCGGGGAGGAUCCGGUGGGACAGGUGGAACGAUUUACGGCCAACGGAGACAAACGGUCCGGCAGGUACUACCGGAGAUACCCGUGGAAGCGGCAGAACGCGCGAGCUAGGACGUACGACGCCGACGCCCGGUACCUGUGCGUGCCCAGCCGGGAGGACGUGUUCAAGCUGCUCGUCGGACUCCACGAGAACCGCAUCGGCAAUCACCAGAAGACGAUCAACUUUUGCAACCGGAAGCGACCGGCCAAGGCAAUCUUCACCAACAUCCGAUUUUUGGGAUAAACCCGCAGCAGCACCCCAAUCAAUUUGUCCUUAAUUUUCCGGUUUAUUUGUUCCAUUUUUUUCUGUCCUCUUGGUUGUUCGCUCUUAAGGGGGGUCGUUAGUGUGGCCAUAAGUGACGCCACCUGGUCCAACGACGACGACGUCGCCAUCCUUGAAACUCCACGGGUGAGGGUGGGGCCACAUUGUAUUGUAUAAAAAAAUGUUAAGGACGGAAUUUGGCAUCAACUUACCUACCAACCAAAACCAAACCUUAGAAACGCUAGAAGUACUUGUGUCGCGUACGCACUUUGCAUGCUUGUUGUUCCCUUCUGGGAAUGAUGAUGAAAUUGCUUAAGAAAAAGAAGAAACAAGACUUUCGCAAACACCCAACACACAUACAAAGUGACACGAAACUCGGCAGCAAGCAUACUGUUUUUCAUCUUCUGAGAAUAAAUACAUUUUAAAAGGGCUCAAGAAAAUAACAAAAAAAAACUUAAAAGAUACGAAAACAUUAAAUUGCUGAAUCUUGAACAGUUUUUGAACUUGUAAACUAUAGGUAGCAUAUAAAUACUUGUAAAAAUGUAUUUGAAAUAAACACACAAACCAGCAAAACAAAUACAAUUUAUUAAAUAAAUAAGAUGUGGUAAAUUAUGUGAAGCAACGCAA